GGAUACGGCUGGGCUCUGCGUGGGACUGCGGGGCUGCCGCGAGGGCUCGGAGAAACCAUGGGUUACUGCAGCGGCAGGUGCACGCUGAUCUUUAUCUGUGGCAUGCAACUGGUCUGUGUGCUGGAGAGACAAAUAUUUGAUUUCCUUGGUUAUCAAUGGGCACCAAUCCUGGCAAAUUUUGUACACAUUAUUAUAGUCAUACUUGGCCUAUUUGGAACCAUCCAGUAUAGACCUCGCUACAUAACAGGAUAUGCUGUCUGGCUAAUCCUCUGGGUUACAUGGAACAUAUUUGUUAUCUGCUUCUACUUGGAAGCUGGAGACCUAUCAAAGGAAACAGAUCUUAUUCUGACUUUCAAUAUUUCAAUGCACCGAUCUUGGUGGAUGGAAAAUGGCCCAGGCUGCACAGUGACAUCUGUGACUCCAGCCCCAGAUUGGGCCCCAGAAGACCAUCGCUACAUCACUGUGUCAGGGUGCAUUCUUGAAUAUCAAUAUAUAGAAGUGGCUCACAGUUCUCUACAAAUCUUUUUUGCACUGGCAGGAUUCAUCUACGCCUGUUAUGUUGUGAAAUGUAUCACCGAAGAAGAGGACAGCUCUGAAUACCCGGUGAUGGGCGGAAGAUUGGCCUACUGGCUCCCUGGAGCAAACCAGAUUGAUUUCAUAGGUGGAUUUGACUCUUACGGCUAUCAAGGCCCACAGAAGACGUCGCAUUUACAGCUACAACCAAUGUAUUUGUCUAAGUAGACACAAGCUAAAUCUGUCCUGGGGAUGAAAGACUGGACAAAGAUCUACUUCUUGCACAGCCUCCUGCAGGUUGCGGAAGAAUGAAAGAAGACCUAACUUUUCUGUUUCAAUAUAUAAUAGAACACUCAGAGACAAGGGCCUCUCUGUCUAGCUAGUACUGGCAGAAGUGCACAAGAUCCAGUCCCUCCCAACUUUGAUUUUACAAGUUCCUCACAGAAGGUUUAAAAAAAAAAACAGUGGUGCCAUCUCCUGGGCACUAUCUACCUUCUGCACCUGCCUCUGAUUUAUGAAACAAUCUCAUGUCUUUUAACUAUUUGAGGCUCUUUUGUACUCUGUCUGGAGCCAUGUCUUCUUAGUCCAUACAGAUUAAAGAUCUUUAGAUAAAGUUGAAGCUGAAGUCAGUAGACAGGAAGUUGUUUGCCCUAAAGGCUGUUUAAUAUAUGCUUGCCUUAACCCAUCCUGAGUCACACACUGAGAACUUUGAUGAGAACUCUCUGAAAUCACUUCCUUUAGGAUCAGUCAUACUGUUCAUGAAUUCUAAACAAAAGUUAUAAAGCUGUGUCAGGUAAUAGACAACGCUCCCACCUUUCUGGAGAUGACUGUACUAAAAAAAUAAUCUAUCAGAAAAAAGUGCUUUAUGAUUAAGCUUCCAGAAUACUUGGUUUCAAAUUACCUGCAUGUAUUUUAAAAGAACUGGACACUUUGGGAGCUGGGAAAAGCCAGGAAAAAGAAUUUUUACUAAACAAUAACUAAAGAAAGCGCAAACUCAGUGCUCCUUAACCCCACUGUUUUAGUGAAUGCACUCUAGGUGCUUUUAUAAAUGAUUCUAACCUACGUCUUUUACUAAUAACAGAGAUAUCUGCAUAUUUCUUAUCAACAGAGGCCAACUGCAUAAGUAUUAACAAUGUUUACUCUUUUAUAACUAAUUCCAGUUGAAAACCUUAUGUAAGUGAACUUUUUUUAAAAAAACAACAACAACCCUGAAAACCUGCAGCAUAUAAGAUCUUUCUGGAUUUUGUUCUUUUUUGUUUUUAAUUUGGGGUGGGAGUAGUUGCCUUGGUGAGAUUUUUGAAAACCUUUUUUGUGGUACUGGGGAAACUAUUGUGUGUUAGAAUGUGUAUCUUAUCUUCCUGUAUUUUUGUGGCUAAAAAAACCUGUGCUGUUAUGUAGUUGGCAACAAGAUGCCUUUGGAAACUUUACUAGUAGGUCAAUGUCUAUGAAAUACUCUUGACUCCUAGAAGCGUCUGUAUUCUGAAUUUGAGCUGUAUAUUCAACUACUGCAGUGGCUUUUCUUUGGGAAGAGUUAUAUUGCUCAGGCUUUUUUUAAACUUGAAUUGCCCUAAUUUCUUUAUUUAAAAACCAACAAAUACAUCAGCCUUAGGCACUUGCUGGGUUAGGGUCUUCUUAGCCCAAAAUAACUUUUGUCUGCACUUGCCAAAUGUUUCAAUUCUAUAUAGUCUAGAUAUCCACCAUGUAGUAACUCUCAAUGCAAGUUCCUUAGAAUAAGACAGUUCAUCUUUUACCCAUUAUCACCAGUGCAUACAUACCAGUAUAUUUACAAAAAUGCCACCUGAAUGACAACAGAACAGAUAUUUCUAACAGAAAAAAAACACUAGUUGGUUCCAGCAAUAAAUGUCACAUCAGUAACAGCGAUAUGAAUGGAACAUUACAUCGACCUAUAAUACAAUAAUGAAAUGUAUAUAAAAUAGUGGUUAGUACUUGAAAAUUCCAAGAAAUAUAUAACUUAUAAUUAAGUCUCUGCCUGGUUAUAUCAAUACCAGUGGUAAUAAGGAUAGUAUAUGUACUGUCACUUUAGUUACAGCUUCUAAAGAUGCUCUCAAUUUUAAUGGUUGUUUGCAGUUUCAUUAUUUUUGGUCAGGAUCAAGAGCCACAAUUCUUUUUUUUUUAUUGAAAGUUUUUAAAUUUUACAAAACAAAUCCCUUCCCCAAACCCCCACC